AUGCGUUUCUCUACAUUUCUUCGAAAUUCUAUCAGGCAGACACAGAAGCUGAUCGGACAGGAGUGGAAUAUUCUCGAAAGCGAUGUACACCUUAUUCGUGUUGUUGCCGGCUCAGGAGGAAAAGGUUUGCCUCGUUAUGAUGGUAGAGGAGGGACAGGAGGUAGUGUCUACCUGGUGACAACCAACAACAUGACCUUCUCUGAUAUUCGGCGGAAACUGGAUGGAAAAAUGAAAGUCAAAGCUGAAAACGGUAGCAGUAGUCAAAAAGUUAAAUUAGCUGGUAAAGAUGGACAGCAUGCGUAUUUACAAGUUCCGGUGGGUGUAGAAGCCGUUGAUGCUGAUCGGAAUAUUCUUCUUGCGCGAUGUUCGCGACCGUUUCAAAAGUAUCUAAUAGCCAGAGGAGGUGUUGGUGGUGAUUUUCGGAACCAGUAUAUAGCCGAGAAGGGAGAACAGUUGAACGUUGCUCUUCAUCUGAAACUUCGUCCAAACAUCGGACUGGUUGGGUUUCCAAAUGCUGGGAAGUCAACUUUGAUGAAGGCAUUUGUCAAACCCCAAAUUGCGUUCUGGACAGCAAAGAAGGGAGGAGAGGAAGUCGAGGGCGAUUUUACACUAACAUUGGCAGACUUACCUGGUUUAAUAGAGGGUGCGUCUCAAAAUCGUGGCAAGGGAUACAAAUUCCUAAAGCAUCUCGAAUAUGCUGAUAUUUUGUUGCUGGUCGUGGAUUGCAAUGGAUUUCAACUUACUAAUAAUCUCAAUGAACCAUUCAGAUCUCCUAUAGAGGUAGUCGCAUUACUUAACCGUGAGCUUGAAAUGUACGACAAGAAGCUAGUACAAAAGCCGGCAAUACUUCUGUUCAAUAAAAUAGAUAUUGUUGAAGACAAGCAAAUGCCUGAACGAUUAGUGGAGAAAAUGAAUGCUAACAAUUGGUGUUCACACGUUUCUGAAGAGAUCCGACCGCAGAACCCCCUCAAUUUUGACUAUAUUCUACCAAUAUCUGCAAAACUGGGAGAUGUUGAAGCAGUGAAGAAAGCUCUUAUUCGAUUGUAUCAAAAUAUACGACCUAUGUUAGUACCCGAACGAAUUGUUGAUGACUUUGACAGACGUUUAUUAUGA